AUGAAUGUUCGCGAACACGCCCAGGCCGCCCGGGAAUUUCUCGCGGCCUCAGACCGCGAGUUUACCGCCGGCGACCACCUGCAGGGCUCCGAAAAACUCUACGGAUCCGCCACCCAGGUGGUGAUCGCCAUGUGCCAGCAGCGCGGCCUACGAUAUCGUAGCCACCGCGCCAUGAAGCAGGCCGUCUCACAACUGUCCAGCGAAUUUUCCGACCCAUACAUCAUCACCGGGUUCGCAGCCGCAGAGCGGUUCCAUGAGAAUUUCUUCCAUGACAACAUGGAAGACUACGACGUCGCGGUGGAACGCCCCGGAAUCCACCACUUUGUCAAUCAGAUGCUCGCUUUCUUGGAAAGCGGACGGCGCAGCUGA